AAGAAAUAAAAAGAAUAAAAAAAUUUGUUUUUUAAUUAUUAAAUUACAAGUAUAGUUAUUGUAAAAAUAAGAUAUCUUCUGUAUUUGACCUUGUUUGGGCUGUGUAUGGUUGUGAAGUGCAGAGUUGAGGGUGAUUGAAUGGCAUCGGAAGGCGCUCAUAGGCAUGAUGACGAGGAGCAUGAGCACCAUCACCAUCAUCAUCACCAUGAUGAUCACAAGCACGUAGAUGGAGAUAGCAAGUCAUGGGUAGGAGCUGAUGGGAGGGUGUAUCACAGCCACGAUGGUCUUGCGCCGCAUUCUCACGAACCCAUAUACUCACCUGGUUACUUCAGCAGAAGAGCUCCACCUCUCACCAGAAAUUUCAACGAAAGAGCUUUCACUGUUGGUAUUGGUGGACCCGUUGGAACUGGCAAAACAGCUCUCAUGUUGGCCCUUUGUCAGCAUUUGCGGGAUAACUACAGUCUCGCAGCUGUGACAAAUGAUAUAUUCACCAAAGAAGAUGGCGAGUUUUUGGUGAAACACAAAGCACUUCCUGAGGAAAGGAUACGUGCUGUGGAAACUGGGGGGUGCCCACAUGCUGCUAUUAGAGAGGACAUAAGUAUUAAUCUUGGACCGCUGGAAGAGCUUUCCAACCUCUACAAAGCAGAUUUACUUUUAUGUGAAUCUGGGGGAGAUAACCUGGCUGCGAAUUUCAGCAGGGAACUGGCUGAUUAUAUAAUUUACAUAAUAGAUGUGUCUGGUGGUGACAAAAUUCCUCGCAAAGGUGGUCCCGGAAUCACACAGGCUGAUCUUCUUGUGAUAAACAAGACUGACCUUGCUCCUGCAAUUGGGGCUGAUUUGGCAGUCAUGCAGCGGGAUGCUCUUCGCAUGAGAGAUGGGGGGCCAUUUGUCUUUGCACAGGUGAAGCAUAACAUUGGAGUUGAAGAAAUUGUGACUCAUGUCUUACAGGCAUGGGAAGCAGCUACUGGAAAGAAACGUCGUUGACAUUUCUUUGAAAAACGGUUUCCUUUGUGUUGUUGUGUAUCUUUUCAUAGCAUGUUCAGUGACAUUUCACAACUUGGACCUGACCUCUUGUGUUUGUGUCUUUUCAUGCAUAUAACAUGUUACUUGGACCUAAUUCGGGUCUUAUGCUUUCUCUAACAAGUAAGUGCCUGAGAGUGCCUUUUUUUUAAAGAGGUAAAAAAUUUACUAUGAAAUUUUUUCCGUGCUUG